AUGGAAGCCUAUAAACCAACUAUACCACGGAUUCCUAUAUUCAAUAAGGAUGAGAUUGCCAGAGGACAUCAUCUAACUCAAGUGCAAAAGUAUCGAAAUCAUUUCUGUGCUGGAGCAAUAGCUUUAUCGUCUUCUUUUGCUGCUAUGCACUUUCUAGACACAUACAAGAUCAUAAUACAGAAUACAGCAGGAAAAUCAACCUCCCUAAAACUAAACCUAUUCUCUAUAAACACUCUAAAACACCUAUCCCGGGGCUUCCUAGUCUCUGUAAUUGGAGCAGGCCCACAGGGAGGUCUCCGUCUAGCCACAUACGAAUGGACGAAAUCACACAUCCUACACAACCCGUCGAAAAAGCAACAAGGAUCAUGGAUACCCACCUUUGGUCCAAUAGUAGCAUCCGCUCUAGCAGCCAUAUCAGGAGACACUGUGUCCAGUAUCGUCAAAGUGCCUCGUGAGGUUAUUACUACCAGACUACAGACUGAGGCUAUUGGGUCAGCGAGUGGUACCAAGCCGUCGUUUACGAGGGCUGUGGCCUCGAUAUAUAAGCAGGAAGGUGUUAUGGGAUUCUUUAGAGGAUUUAGUAGUACUACGCUAAGGGACUGGCCCUUUAUGAUCAUCUUGUUUACUUCGUAUGAGAGUUUCAAGAAGGUUCACGAGCAAAUCAUGAGUAAUGGAUCUAGUGAUGAGGAUGAGGAGAUUGCUAUAACUACCUUGAAAUCAACCUUGUUUGGUGGUAUAUCAGGCAAGUUCGUGUGUGCCUUGGCUGGAUACUUGACUACACCAUUCGAUGUAGUGAAAACCAAAAUAAUGACCGCAUCACCUAUAAAAACUAGUCGUAGAACAAUCCGAUCCGUCACUCGUGAAUUGUACGAGAAUCAAAAGGCGGUACUAGAGGCUGCUGGCACAGCUCCACGAGGAUUGAAACUGUAUAAAGCGUUCUGGACGGGGGCGGUUCCUCGGUCGACAUGGUGGUUUUGUGUUUGCUCCAUCUUCUUCCCUGUUUAUGAAUCUAUGAAAGAAACUUUCCGUGAUAUGUCCAUAUAA